AAGCCCUUUCACUUUCACAGGACUGCUCUCCACUUGGCCUGUGCCAAUGGCCAUGUAGAUGUGGUGACUAUCCUGGUAGAGAGGAAAUGCCAGCUCAACCUCCGUGAUGAUGAAAGUAGGACAGCUCUAAUGAAGGCUGUACAAUGCCAAGAAGAGGCAUGUGCAACUAUUCUGCUGGAACACGGUGCUGAUCCAAAUCUUAAGGACAACAAGGGUAACACCGCUCUCCAUUAUGCAGCCUUUGGUGACAAUGUAUCAAUAGCAGAGAAGCUGCUUUUACAGAAUGCAGAUAUAGAGGCAAAAAACAAGGAUGACCUGACACCACUUUUAGUUGCUGUAAAUGAAAACAAAGAGCAAAUGGUGAAAUUUUUAGUAGGAAAAGGAGCAAAUAUACUUGCAGUUGAUAAGGUUAAAAGCAGUCACCAACUAAUUUCUGAACAUAAAGAAGAAAUGAAACCUGAAAAUUCUUCACAAAGUCACAAUCUAGUGGAUAAGAAUUCUGAAGAAGACUCUUUAAGCAGUCUUUCCAGUAAACCAGAUACUGAUGAUUCGUGGCCUUCAUCAGAUGGAGACUUAAGUUUUGGUACCAAGGCUGUCCCGAAACCAAACUUAAGAGAGCUAAUGGCUGCUUUUCUGCGAGCCAAGAGGGCAAAAUGUGGCAUUGUGAGCCUAGAAGAUAGACCUUUAUUUGCUGAGAACAAUUUUGCAAGUGAAGAUAAGACUGAAACUCUUUGGAAACCAUCAGUCAAUGUCUCUGACUAUUCUCCUCUUGCUUUUGUAUCACCUGGAACUCCUCAAACGUCUUUAGCAAUGCUUGGUGUUACAAAGGAAGGAGCAACGAAGCCAGCAAUUGAAAAAAAGGACAAUGGUAUUGAUAUUAUUGAAAGUGCUCCACAAAAGCAAACAGUUAAUGACAAUUUGACUUCUGCUGAUAGAGCACACAAAAAUAAUACAAGUGAUAGGAUGUCAGCUUUAGAGCGAGAAGAUAGUUCACCUUGGGAUUCUGAGAGUAUUUCUGCAAGUCUUCCAAAGAAAUCUGUUGAUUGUUUACCUGGAGGUGCAGAUCAACAAGGGCAAAGUAUAUUAAAUGAACAAGUAGAAG